AUGGAGUUUAUCAAAUACUGCGAUCGCCAUAGGAUUCUCCUUAUGAUCCUUCCUCCCUAUUCGACUCACACGCUCCAGCCGCUCGAUGGCUUAAAGGAGGCUCUUCAACACAAAAAGAAGCACAGGAAGAAGGGCAAAGCUCUUGACCUUCAACAGCGCCAGGAAGAAGCAGUACGGGAGCGAGAUCAGACGGAGGAGAAACUCCAAAAAGCAUGGGCCAAGAAGCAGCGUAAGGAGGCUCAACUGCAGCGUCAAGUUGAGCUCGAGGAGAAGCGUGUAGAGAGGCAGAGGCUCAAAGAGAUGAGGGAGGUUAAGCGAGCUGAGAAAGCAGCUGAACGCGCGCGCAAAGUUGAAGCUCAACACUAG